CUUCCUGUUUACGGUUAUCUCGUCAAGCCAAGGAAGGGAACCGGUUCUCGACUCUCCGGUUACUUUUUGGUUAUUUUUAUGUAGCGUGGAUAGUUACAAAAUACAAUUAGAGCCGUCAUGAUCCCGUACACGGUGAACAUUAAGCUGGCGGCUCGGACGUUAACGGGCACUCUCAAUUUACAGAACAAAACCGCCGUGGAUUGGGGAUGGCAGGGGCUAAUUGCUCAGGGCUGCCACUCCAGCAUCCUCAUCAUCGACCCAAAGACAGCCCAAACCAUCCAGGUGUUGGAGAAGCACAAGGCCAACAUAGUCAAGGUGAAAUGGUCUAGGGAGAACUACCACCACAGCCUCAGCUCCCCCUACUCCUUGCGGCUGGCCUCAGCAGAUGCAGCAGGCAAGAUCAUUGUAUGGGAUGUGGUGAGCGGGACCGCCCACUGCGAGAUCCAGGAGCAUGCCAAGCCCAUCCAGGACAUGGACUGGCUGUGGACGCAGGAUGCAUCACGUGAUCUUCUGCUGGCCGUACACCCUCCUAACUAUAUUGUACUAUGGAAUGGCGAUACGGGAACCAAGCUGUGGAAGAAGAGCUAUGCAGAGAACAUCUUGUCCUUCUCCUUUGAUCCGUUUGACCCUUCAAACCUCGCAUUGUUGACCAGCGAGGGCAUCGUGUUCAUCACAGACUUCUCCCACUCCAAGCCUCCGAGCAGCACGGGUAAGAAGGUCUACAUCGCCAGCCCCCACGCUAGCCCUGCUCACAACAAGCCUGCACCGCCUACUGGAGCCAAGAAGGCUCUGAACAAGGUGAAAGUGCUCAUCACCAAUGAGAAGCCAAGUGCAGAGUCAGUGACUCUCAAUGACUGCCUGCAGCUUUCAUACCUGCCCUCCAAGCGCAAUCACAUGUUGCUCCUCUACCCCCGCGAGAUCCUCAUCUUAGACCUGGAACUGAGCCAGACAGUGGGCGUGGUGGCCAUUGAGCGUUCGGGUGUGCCCUUCAUUCAGGUGGUCCCAUGUGCACAGAGGGACGCCCUGUACUGCCUACAUGAGAACGGCUGUAUCACCCUACGACUAUGCCGCUCUACCUCCCCCUCAGCUGAGGAGUCAGAUCCAGAACAGAGUGUCCAGGAACUGGUGUAUGAUUUGAGGGCUCAGUGCGAUGCCAUUAGGGUGACAAAGACAGUGCGCCCAUACCGCGUGGUUAUAUGCCCUGUCAGUGAAAACAACGCUGCCCUGGUGGUCAGCGAUGGCCGGGUCAUGCUUUGGGAGCUGAAAUCCCACAUCUCCAAAUCGCCCACCAACCCAAGUUCUGGACUCUCCCCACUUUACGCCCCAGUGUCAUUUUGUGGAACUCCAGUGGGUCCAAACCAGAAAAUAAUCCCAGACCUCUGCCUGAACACCAUGAUUGAAGGACAGAAUGUGACUUGGGCUGGGGAGCCCACCUCUCGCCCCCCACAGCAGGAGGUCCAACUGAAGUUCCUGCUAACGGGACUCCUCUCAGGGCUGCCACUGCCCCCCUUUGCCCUGCGCAUGUGCCCUCCGCUCACCACGAAGAACAUCAGCCACUACCAACCCCUCUUGGCCGUGGGUACAAGCAACGGUUCUGUCCUCAUCUACAACCUAACCAGUGGCCUCUUGCACAAAGAGCUAAGUGUGCACUCAUGUGAAGUUAGGGGUAUUGAAUGGGUUAGUCUGACAAGCUUCCUGUCCUUCGCCACCUCUGCUCCAAACAACCUGGGCCUGGUGAGGAAUGAGCUGCAGCACACACACCUGCCCACAGGCCGGACCUUCGCGUUCCGAGGAGAGCGAGGCAAUGAUGAACCAGCUAUAGAGAUGAUUAAAGUGUCACAUUUGAAGCAGUACCUGGUGGUGGUGUUCAAGGAUAAGCCGCUGGAGCUGUGGGACGUGAGGACGGGGACCCUGCUGAGGGAGAUGGCCAAAAACUUCCCCACAGUUACAGCACUGGAGUGGUCCCCCUCCCACAAUCUGAAGAGUCUAAAGAAGAAGCAGCUGGCUGCUCGAGAGGCCAUGGCCCGCCAGACGGUGUCAGACACAGAACAGACCAGUGUGGACUCUUCAGUCAUAAGCUUGCUGCAGGAUGCAGAAAGCAAAGCAGAGCUGAACCAGGGUAUUUCGGCACGGGAGCAUUUUGUGUUCACCGAUACAGACGGACAGGUCUACCACAUUACUGUGGAGGGGAACACGGUCAAGGAUGGAGCACGCAUCCCACCUGACGGAAGUAUGGGUAGCAUUGCUUGCAUCGCCUGGAAGGGUGACACUUUGGUCCUGGGAGACGUGGAUGGGAACCUCAAUUUCUGGGACCUGAAGGCCCGCCUCUCCAGGGGUGUGCCCACACACCGAGGUUGGAUAAAGAAGAUCCGCUUUGCUCCAGGCAAGGGCAACCAGAAGCUGCUGGUUAUGUACGCAGAUGGGGCUGAGGUGUGGGACACCAAAGAGAUCCAGAUGGUCAGCAGCCUCAGGGUGGGGCGCAAUGUGAACCACCGCAUCCUGGACAUCGACUGGUGCACCUCAGACAAGGUGGUCUUGGCAUCGGAUGAUGGGUGCAUCCGGGUGCUGGAGAUGGCCAUGAAAUCUGCAAGUUACAGAAUGGAUGAACAGGACCUUACUGAUCCUGUGUGGUGUCCAUACCUGCUGCCACCCCGUGCUGCCCUCACCCUGAAAGCCUUCCUUCUGCUGCAGCCCUGGUCUGGUUCCUUCACCAUGGACAUCACUCAGGUAGACUACACAGAAAAAGAAGAAAUUAAGGGGCUGAUCCAGGAACAGCUGAAUUCCCUUUCCAAUGAUAUCAAAAGUGUUCUUCUGGACCCUGAGCUGAAUCUGCUACAGAGAUGCCUGUUCGUGACCCGGCUGUUCGGAGAUGAGUCAGACCUUCAGUUCUGGACAGUGGCAGCACACUACCUGCAGUCCUUCUCAGAGGCAUGCCAGCUGGGCGUGCCUGUCACCAGUGGCACCCAGGCUGAGGGGAUGCCACAGAGCCACCUGGACAUCUGCCAUGACACACUGUGUGAGAGCACCUAUUUCCAGAAAUUUCAGCUGGAGCGAGUUCACCUACAGGAAAUGAAAAGAUCCAGCUAUGAGCACACCAAGAAAUGUGCUGACCAGCUCCUCCUGUUGGGACAGACGGACCGGGCAGUGCAGUUGCUGCUGGAGACGAGCGCAGACAACCACAAUUAUUACUGCGACUCGCUCAAGGCGUGCCUGGUCACUACCAUCACGUCCUCUGGACCCUCCCAAAGCACUAUCAAGCUAGUUGCCACCAAUAUGAUUGCCAAUGGAAAGCUGGCAGAGGGGGUACAGUUGCUCUGUUUGAUAGACAAAGCAGCCGAUGCCUGCCGCUACCUGCAGACUUACGGGGAAUGGAACCGUGCUGCCUGGCUGGCAAAGGUACGUCUGAACUCGGUCGAGGCAUCUGAUGUGCUGAAGCGCUGGGCAGAGCACUUGUGUUCCCCCCAGGUGAACCAAAAGUCCAAAGCCAUCUUAGUACUGCUCUCCCUGGGCUGCUUCCAAAAGGUGGGGGAGAUGCUCCACAGCAUGAGGUACUUUGACAGAGCUGCACUCUUCAUUGAAGCCUGCUUGAAGUACGGCGUGAUGGAGGCCAACGACAGCACCAAUAAGCUGAUUGGCUCGGCCUUUGCCGACUACGCCAGGCUGUUGCGCUCAAUGGGCCUAACCGAGGGGGCUGCGCUGUGGGCGUCGCGGGCAGGCGGUGCUGGUGAGGAGCUGCUGGAGGAGCUGUUCCAGCCUGCUGAUGGGGUGGAGGGAGCUCUGGAGGGACAAGGGAGCCCCCUGUUAUCCCCUGAGUGAUGACUGGUGACCACAGAGUUAGAGCUGGGGGCAGGAAGGGCCUGAGUAGACAGGAGACAGACUAGUGCGGGAGUGUGAGGUACCAGAACGGUCAACCAAGAAAGACAGAAAAGAUAAAACAUUAUUGAGAGGAAUGAAGUAGAAAUGAAACAGGCAAGUUGUGAUGUUUGUAAGUGUACAGGCAAGUGUAACAUGUGCCACAUGGUAUGAUCAUUUAUAAGUUCAUGACAUUUUGUUGCUAACAGCAAAUUGCACUUUGUCAUUAUAAACCCAUUGAUGUUGUGUUUUAGUUGAAAAUAUUCAGUGGAAACUUGAAAUUCCACUUUAAUAGUGACAGUUUAAUGGAUAAAAUACUAUGAAUGACAUAAAUCAGAGUGAGGCCAGUUCUGUCUAUUCUUGCAUUACCUGCACACGAACUGAAGAGAACAGUGAUUACUACGCGCUUACCCGACAAAUAGCAGCGUAGAAGCUGUGAUACUGCUGUGGAGUAAGUAUCCUGGUUACAGUGUUGGUUUGUUUCAGCACUCUCAACUAACUCAUUGAAUUCAAGUGAAUGUGCAGUUCACAAGGAAGGAUUGGCUGUUUUGUUUACUUGACAACAUUGAAUUUUUAUUGCUUGAACUUUCCAUUCUGUCUUCUGCUCUUCAAAGUGCACCACUAACGCUUCUGUCUUCAUUCACACUCUGUCAGUUUACUGUAUGAAGAGGUUUGUACUCUGCAUUAUAGGUUAUUUUCCAGUCUUCUGUUCAUAAAGGAUAUACAGUCCAGGCAGUUGUUUGCACUGUAAUUUAACAAAAUAAUUGUACUGUAAAAUGAUACAUUAUUGGUAAUGCCUCAUAGGAUUACAUAAUGCAGAAUAUUAUUAUGAAACAUAUUCUAUGAUCUGUAAAAUUAUAAAGUAUUGAUAAUGCCCAGUAGGGUAAGAUUAAUGAAGUAUGCUACUAUGAAACAGAUUUUUUUUCUUUUUGUUUAUUUUGUUAUAAAUGGGAUUUGUGGUUGGUUGCUCCCCUUCGGUCAACUAUUGCACCCCCCCCCCCAACCCCAGAGAGGAUACUUUUUUAUUUUAAUAUGAACUUUUUGUAUAUUUGCAGGAAAGUGCAUUGUAUCAUGGUAGCUUGGUAGAGCUGUUUACUCCACAUAGUCAAAAAUGGUGCGUCAUUUAAUGAAACAAAAUAUGUCCUCGGAUAAACAAGAUGAAAGGAAGUGUUGCACUGGAGCGCUUUUAAGGUUUCGAUCCGUUCUGUACUCUACGCGCACAUGGAUAAUUGGAUGGGAGCAUGAGAAAGCUCUGAACUGAACUUGAACACAAGUACUUUAUUCUAGACACAAGAAAGAAGGUGUUCAAGGGAAACAGUAGAAGAGGUGAAAAACAGGAGCAAUUUUGCCAUUCUUCUCAUGUCAUUUAUUAUUACAGAAAAUAUAUAAGAUCCACUUUUUGUGAUUGUUAUUUCUGUCUUCUUUUUACUUUGUGCAAAUAGCUGUUAUACUUUACAUCCCUUCUGGGCACAUAAUUAAAUUUUCCAGAAGGAUAAAAUAAUUUUGUAACUUCCAAAAAUUCUUUAUACUGUACAUUUUUGGAUGUAUCGUAAUAUAUAUAAUAAAUGCAUUUCUCUAGAUAAAAGUUUAAAAUUGUAGAAAGUUGGGUACAAGUUCAGAGAUGUGUCAUUGACUGUAUUGUUUGGGACCUAUGGUGUGCGGUAGGUUAGGAGAUCAGGUGAUGUUUUCGUCGCUCUUGACCUCAUCCGACAUCACGUCAUCUUGGAGAUAUCUCUGUGCGUCUGACUCCUGUGGUUACCAGCCCAUCUGGACGGAUGGUGAUGGUACGAUGCGUUCGUAGUUUUAAAAGGGCCUUACAGUGAAGACAUUUCAAAGGCGUCGCAAUCCUUCGGGGCAGGAUUAUCUGAGACGCGUCGUGAGGUGUCAGGAGUCAAGGGUACCCUGAGUGCUCCUUUCAACUUGGCCCAUGUCCUCGGGAUCCCGGAGUCCUAAACGAGGUGUUAAAUAAUGCAUGGUUCCGUGAGACACCAAACAGAUGUGUCAAAAUGCAGAACAGGGCAGCCUGUGUGAGCCCUGCAGAUAUUGUAAGCACGCAGCGUGAGGCGAGCCUGUUGUAGGUACUCCUGAAUCGGAUCGGAACCAGCUAGACUGAGCCGGGCUCAGCCUCCUUUUUGGUCUCUGUCUUUGCUACUCAUUCUGUUUUACUACAGUAAUACUUAUUUUUCCACUUUUUUGGAUGAUUUUUCUAGAUCCCCCUUUUUUUAAACUACUUUUAAUUCUUUUGAUUUCAUUUUUAUUUCUGAGACAGAAGGAAUUUUACCAUUGAGGAACAGAAAGACAGGUCAGUGGUGCUCCAACCAAAAGUGUGACUUCAUGCAUCUUUAUUCAUAACGGUAGUUAAUGAAAUAAGUGUGAAUCAUUCCUGGAGCAGGAAUUAACAAAAAAGUUACGACGCUCUUUUGUGAAAACACCGUUUGUUACGCAUUGCCGAAGGGCAACACACACUAGAACCAUGUAUCAGUAGCUGGUUAGCUGUCUGGCCAUUUCUUGUUUGCUCCCUGAAAUGUGUGAUUUCUAGCAGCCCAAAGGUAGUGCUUUGUGAUCAGCAGAUAGAUCAAAGAUUUAAACCAGCAGUUGUCAAGAGAUCUUUGAGUUAAUAUGACGUGUGGACCACUGCAGUAUCUGUGUAUUGCCGUGUGAAAUGUAUCUGAUCCCAUGUAUUUGGUGGUAUUCUGCAUGUUAUUACUGCAAAAAUGUUUAAUAAAUUCCAUAAACAAAUGAUA